AUGUCGAAGCAAGGGAUGUUCUUUGGGUUCAUACUGAUUAUUAUUACUGACAUCUUUAAAAGGUUACAUAAUGGAAAAACACAGGCAUCAUUUAGACAGAAAGCCUUAAGAAAGCAUUUACAGAGCCAAGGCGCGGCAGGUAGUGUCCUAAAUAUACAGGUCAAAACACGUCAGUUCUCAAGAUCUCUCCAGAGUGAAAAUAAGUGGUACCAGCCUCUUGGAUCAACUCUAACCUCUAUAACAGACAAAAUGCGUUCUUCCUCACAAGUCUCCCUCUGAAGUGGCUGGUGAUGUCCAGGAUAAGGUAACAGACGCAAAGGAAUGGAUGCAAGAGAACGAGUCUGUCCAGAAACUGUGGUCUGCCCUCCAGCCCGUCAGGAACUGGAUGAAGGAAACUGCCACCAACUUGAAGGAUAAGAGUUUUAAGGAAAUGUUCGAAGACGUGAAGGGCAGAGUCGGCGAAAUCGACCAGACCGUGGGAACGUGGAUCGAGAAAAAGUCGGGCGAAGCCGAAGCCAAGUAGGGUUUGAGACGCGAUUCACUUCACUCCCAAAUUCUAUAUGAACAAGUGCCUUCGAAACCUAUAGCAGUUGUCUUAGGAAAAGGAAGGAUGUCUUCAGGUGCUUUUAAUUUAUGUGUGUAAUAAAAAGGACUAUUGUUCCUUUCUAUUAAACGAAAGAAAGAUGAUAAAUGAAUGUGUGAAUGUGUUUAUUUUGUUAAAUGUUCUGUUGCUGUACCUGUGGUUACCUGUUAUACCUGGCAUUGAGGGUUUUGCUAUAUUUACCAAAGAAACAGUGUUUCCAUUUUGAUAUUCUUCAGAGUUGUGAUGUUUGCUGCAGUGCAAAUGAAAAUAAAGUUGAAUUAUUUGUUAGA